AUUGUGGUUAUCUCGAAUGCAAUUCCAAUGAGAUGAUAAUUUUUUCUUCAUCAUCUUUGUUCUUCGUAUUAGAAAAAUUUAGUUAAUUUAUAAUAGUUCAUAGGUUAUCUAGCAACUUGCACCAGUACUCAUUAAUAGAAAUAACCAGUGUAAAAGUUUCGGUACUUUUGAUUAGUAAUUAAUUGAAAAUUGAUAGUGAUUUUUAAUAACCAUGUUGUGUUACGAAGUGUUCAGCAAACGAUGUUAAUUUUCGAAUGUUAUGGGUGCUGUAAGUAAUCUGAUUCAUUAAUAAUACCGUGUUAAAAGACAAUAUGACGGAGUACAAAUUGGUGGUUGUCGGCGCCGGAGGCGUCGGCAAAAGUGCCCUGACUAUUCAGCUCAUCCAGAAUCAUUUCGUCGAUGAGUACGACCCGACGAUUGAGGACUCCUACCGCAAACAGGUAGUGAUCGAUGCUGAAACCUGUCUACUAGAUAUCUUGGACACUGCUGGUCAAGAAGAAUAUUCAGCGAUGCGAGAUCAGUACAUGAGAACUGGCGAAGGUUUUCUGCUAGUGUUUGCGGUGAAUAACGCAAAGUCGUUUGAAGACAUCCAUACGUAUCGUGAGCAGAUAAAACGUGUCAAAGAUGCGGAAGAAGUGCCGAUGGUUUUAGUAGGCAAUAAAUGCGAUUUACCUCAAUGGACUGUCAAAAUGACCGAAGCGAAGGAACUCGCCGCCCAAUUUAAAAUUCCCUGCAUAGAAACGUCAGCUAAGACUAGAAUGGGUGUUGAUGAUGCUUUUUACACCUUAGUUCGUGAAAUUCGAAAGGAUAAAGAAUUGAGAAAUAAGAAACCAGGACAUAAGAAACCUAAAUGGCUAUCGAAAUGCUCAUUGCUGUGAGAUAAACGUCACCUCAAAAAUACCUCUAUGAAGAUGUGAUUAUAUCUAGUUGGUUAUAUAUUUUAAUGUUUUCAAUCAUUGCAUCGGUAGAGUAUACAUAGAUAAUCAAAAUCUUGUGAUUCAUUUUCAAGUAAUUUUUGAUUUCGAAAAAUAUUCGAAUAUUGAUCGAAUUUUCGAUAAACAAAUGUUAUUUUCUCGUCUUUCUACUUAUAUUAGUUUAUAUAAUCGUCGCCGCAUCACAUCACUGCUACUUAAGCAUUAUAUUUUAAUUUUAUUCUUGCAUUUAUAUAUUCUACGUUAAAUCAACUGUUCUCUGUAAUUUUUUGAUAGCUUCGUAAUUUUGUUUUGAAUUUUUCUUCGUAUUAUAUUAUAUAUAUAUUAUUUGAUUUUAUUACGUAAUGUUCAUAUUUUGUGAUUUGUUUUUAAUUUGUUAUUAUUCUCAUUGCCGUUUCAUUCGUUUUGAAAAUUUUCCCAGUGAGUGUUUCAUCUAUGUUUUUGUUGAUACCAUACCAUGUCCUGUGUGUUUCAAGUUAUGUAUUUUUUAAUCUUUAUGAUUUAUUAUUGUUUUUUUGAAGGAGAGUUAUAUUGAUGUUCUGUUUUAUCGCACAUUUUAAAAUCGAUACUUUAAUCGCGCAAAAUUUCAACAUUCUUUAUUUCAAUUUGUGUAAGUUCGUUGAACGUGAUCAAUUUUAUUAUUAUUCGUGAUUUCUUUUUGAGGUUUACAAUUUAUAUGCCAUCUUCCACUAAAUGAUUAUUGGUUUAUUUUUGUUCGUGAAAUUAUAUUUUAUAUCCAUUAUCCUGUAAAUGUUUAAAAGUUAUUAUCUUAUUUUAUCAAAUUAUAUCAAUUUUUUUCUUAUCGA